CUUCGUUGCGUCCUCCUCCUCCUCCUUCUCAUCUCCGUGCAGUUAUGGCGUUUGUUCUUACAUCCUCAAUCUGACAAGAUCUAGAGCGAGAGCGCGCCAAUCGCCGUCGUUUCGAUUACGGCUUUUGCCAUGGGGAAGAACUGCAACCUGGAUCUUCACCUCCUCUCUUCCAUCUCUUCUUCUUCUUCUUCUUCUCCUUCUUAUGACGAGAGCUCAUCAACGACUGAGCAAUCGCAAGUAAAUCAACAACAGCUCGCCAUUUUUUACAAGGGGCGAGUCCGUCCCUUUGACUUAACAGAGUUUCAGGCAAGAGCCAUCAUUUGGCUUGCAAGCAGAGAAGUGGAAUCAAAAGCUGGUUCAUCUCCGCCAUUGAAGAAGACCCAGCUGUGGAGCCCCUCAUCUUCAGGCCUGUCAAUGAAGAGAUCGCUGCAGAGAUUCCUCCAGGAAAGAAGGAAGAGGGCUCGAGCCAUGUCUCCUUAUAUCAGCCAUUAACCACCCUUUGUUUAACUCAUGAUAUUGUACUAUUGUCCCCUUAACAACUAAAAUUGGCACUGUCGAUUAGUGCUUGUGGGGGAAAUUUAUCAACAAAAAUAUUCGAGAUUAAAGUGAUUGUAUGCUUAAUUUCGCAUCCUAUGCAUUACGAGCAGUUUUCUUUCUUCUUUGAUCUCCUCCAGAUUUGGCAAUGUUAUAUUUGUUAGAA